CUGUGAUUCAGGACAGACGACGUGUUGUUACCGGAAGUUGCUCUGACAGUCAACACAGGAGAGCUCUUCCGGUAAACUACCUUUUCCGGUAGGCAAUACCACAUAGCAAGCAUGAAGAUCGUGCAGAGUAACCAGCUUGUGAAGAUCCCACUGGAGCUCACUGGCUCCGUGAAAUCCCGCAAGGUAACUAUUACUGGGCCGAGGGGCACUCUCACAAGAAGCUUCCGUCAUUUGGCAGUUGACAUCAGUAUGAUCGGAAAGAACACCAUCAAAGUUGAGAAGUGGUACGGCAAGCACAAGGAACUGGCUGCUGUCAGGACCGUGUGCAGUCAUAUUGAGAACAUGAUGAAAGGGGUCACCAAGGGUUACCUGUAUAAAAUGAGAUCAGUAUAUGCUCAUUUCCCAAUCAACAUUGCCAUCCUUGAUGGUGGAAAUUCCGUGGAGGUUAGGAACUUCCUUGGUGAGAAGUACACCCGUAAAGUUAACAUGUUGCCAGGAGUGUCAUUCUCCACCUCCCCCUCUAUGAAGGACGAGUUCUACAUCCAGGGAAAUGACAUUGAGCUGGUGUCCAGAUCGGCUGCCUUGGUGCAACAGUCCACUACAGUAAAGGACAAAGACAUCAGGAAGUUCUUGGACGGAAUCUACGUUUCUGAGAAGACCAAUGUGGUCACAGAAUAAAGGGACUGUACUGAUUGCUAAAUUAAAAAAAAAAAAAGGAAAUAUCA